UUAUGUUGCAUCAACUGAAUUGCAAUUUUUCCUGAAUUUUAUGAAAAACUAUUGGUAAAAUGUCAGUUAAAUACAAAUGGGUUUUCCAAUUUCAAGAAAAAGCUUGCCAGGCAAUGAAAGGUGAUCUGUGUGCCUUGUAUCCAGCAGCAGUUUCACUUCUGUAUUACUGAGUGGGUUUACCCACAAAAGUUACCUUUGUGUUGCAAAUGUACCUUAGAGACUGGCUGAAAUAUUGUAACUCCUGACAGGUUAAACUCCUGUGGUAUUGUCCAAAAUUCUCAUCCAGUGAAACAGUGGGCAAGUAGAAAGGAAAAUGGAGAAUGAUUAAUCCUAUUGGACGUCUGGAGGAUAUUUCAUUAUGACAUUGGUGGGGUUUAUUUAGGGGACAACUGAGUAUUUGUCUUGCUACAUAAAUGAAGACUGUUUUGCAAAACUGAGAAGCUGUGAAGGGAUUAUAUGUCCUAAAAGUUUCUAGCUUGCCAUUUCACUGUGUUAGACUAUUAGGCAUAGGUAUUUAGAAAUGGAUAGAGCUGGGUACGAUGAAGUUUAAUAGCUGCUUUAAUGAAGGCCAGUAUAGUUAAACUAGGUUGAAAUUAAUUCAUUGUAAUUCUUUCUUAUGUGGAAAAGGAUUGGCAAGCUCUUCCUUUAAAAUUGUGUGAAACCCCUAAUGUUAAAAUAAUGGGGCAAAAAAACCUACUUGCUACACUGACAUGACACUGCUUUCAGGGUGUAAGAGAGUAAACCAAUCUUUUGUGCAGGUUCUUGCUGUGCCUCUGCUUUCUGCAUAUGUGCAGAAAGACAUCUAUUAUUGUCGCUCUUCCUACUCUGGGUCAAACAAUAUUUGAAGACUGAGGAAGGGGAGAGUUGCUAAUCAGAAAUAUUUUCAUGUUAAAAUUUGUUCCUUCUUACCCCUCAACUCUGUUUUGCUUAUAUUCUAAUCUGAUUUAUUCUGCCUUUGACAAUUCAAUCUUUACAGAAUCUUUUCUUUAAAGAAAUUGACUUGGGAUGUAGCCCUGCAGAAAGCAGUAAAGUGAAGUUUGAUACCACAACGCUAUUAAUAGAGUUGGCUAUGACUUAUUAAUAGAACUUACAUUAAUACCCACUGGAAUCACUGUGUGUUCAUAGCUGUAGUGCUUCUGCUUUGUGCUUCUACUCCUCCAGCCCAAAUCAGAAAAACAUUUAACUGAUAUACCUAAAUAAUCUUUAUCCUCCUCCAAAUGCAAGUCAAACUUGUGAAUCUCACCCACCUGUCAACAUGUAAUUUACACCCCACUCUUACGACUGAUCUUUCUUUUUAGUCACCAUCAUAUUUUGAAUUGUGUUGUCAGUUUGGGUGCCUUUAACACUUCUUCUGAAAUAUGAGUUAAAUCAAUAAGAAUUUGGUUGAAUUUUGGUUUUUUGUGUCAGAGCAUUCAGUUGGGAUGUAAUUUUCUGCACAGUAAUUUAAUAAAAUCCUUUGAGGUUCUUAUGUAUGUUCUGGGGCUCAAUGAAGAAAUAACUAAACAAUUCAAGGUAGUGUCCUUGGUCAGUUAAUGUAAUGCUUCCUGGUUAGAAAGCCUGUGAGUGUUUUUGUAUUGACUGUAUGUCUGUCUGUCUUUGAAGAUGUCUUAGUUGUAGCUUUCUAGGUGCAUUGGAUGUGCCUAUUCCCCUGAAUAGUCAAGAAUAUCACUGCCCGUUUCAUUCCAAGGAGUAUUUAUAAAUAAAUGACACUUAAGGUAUUUCAGACAAGCUAUAGCAUGCUAAAAUUGUCAGACCUCAUUCUCAUUCCACUUAUUUGAAAAAUAACCCACUGAAGUCUAGGACAUUGUUAUUCUCAGAAGCUCAUGUGAAGGAGGUAUCAAGAGGAGGUAUCAAGAAGCUGGAAAUGUAAGACUAGAUUCAGUCACCAGCUCUGCCAGCAGCCAUGGGAGCUGUUUGCUGGUGGAAGGAGCCAGAGUCCUCACUGUUAGAAGAGAUUAUCCACGAGUGUAGGCUAAUUGUAUCCCACCUUUAGGUGUUUCUUGGUUAGCUGUAUAUCUUGCUUAGGAGGACAUCAAUGUGCAGGUUCAUUUCUGGCCCUUGAAAGGAAAGGCAGUGGGUUUUUAAUUUACUGUAGUAUUUCCUGUAGAAGUAAAAAGGCUGCAUUCCAAACCAUGGAAAGUGAGAUGGCAAGUUAGGGGACUUCUAGGUGCUGUCCUGCUGCCUGAGGACAGAUAAUGUGAAGAGAAUUAUUACCCUGUGUAAGUGAGAGACAAGCCCCUUUUGUUACGGAGGAAGAGUCCAUGAUGAUUUGUUGGGUUUUUUUCAGAUAGUGGAGCCCAACUUCAAGCUAUUUAUUCAACCCACAUUGAUAUAAAUGCUCAUUGAGAUACUUGGUAACAGCAAGUGUUCAUAAACAGAAACAAAUUGAGGCUGGUCACAGCUGUCAGCUUGUACUUUGUGUUCUCGUGAAUUGAGUAUCUGUAAGAAACGUGGGGUGAAGAUGAGGAAAAGCAAAUGCAUAGUGGCAAAUGUAAAUAGCAAAACGGAGUUCUGAAACAACUGCUUAGGGAGGGACUCAAUAGAAAACUGUUGUGGCUCUGACCCUUUCAGAAUAACAGCAGGAGGAGCCACAUUUAACCCAUAUUCUCACUUCAUAUCUGUCAGAGUAUGAGUCAUCUAUACUUAGCAUUUUUGGAAACUGUAAAAAUUAAACUCUUUAGUCUACAAUUGGUUAAGUACACGAGAAAACGUAUCUUUCUUCUCCCUCUUCGAGCCAAAUGAAAGCAAGGAUGAACAAGCCUAAUGUAUUUAGUAAUAUAUGCUGGGUUUGUUAAGUUGUGCUGGGGCUCCUGCCUUGCACAGGGUUGCACUGCACGUGCCAGCAUUAUCAGGGCAGACCAGUGAGAAUCCAGCACACAGAACCAAAGCCCUGCCAUCCAAUCUGUGCUCCUUUGGGCAAUAGAAGCAGCUACUUUGGACAGAUUCUGCUCUGGUCUUACGGGCUGAAUGCCCAGCUGGUGCUGGAGCCAUGAGAUGUUUUCUGGCAGUGUGUUGUCUGCGUUAGUUUUUUAGCCAAAAGAAAUGCACUUGACAUGCUCUGACAGCCCCAUCUUACAUACUUAACUUUGUGUUGAGGACCAGUGAAGACGCUGAUUUCAAAAGCACCGCCUUGUCAGAAUUACAUCAUUACUUUCGAGUUAUUCUUCAUCUGCUUUGGAUUUUGAGACAGAGAACAAAAUAGAUCCAGUGUUUGAUUCACCCAGAAUGUCACGGCGUAGUUUACGGUUGGCUGCUGGAGGAUACAGUAAACCAGAUGAUGGACAGAGUGAUUCCCUUCAUGACAGCUCUUAUGCUGGAAACAUGUCCUUCAGGGAUCAGUCUAAGGUGGUAAAGCAACGCAGAAGUAUGAGCAAACAGUCUGGCAGUGGAAGACAUGUGCCAAGGAAAAAUCUGUCCAGCUCAUCUAUUUUUAGCCAGAGCAGUUUCAAUAGCCAUGCCAGUGAUACAUCAAUGAUAUCUACUUUAUUGGAUGAAUCUCUGAUUCGGGAACAGACAGAAGUUGAUCAUUUCUGGGGCCUUGAUGAAGAAGGUGACCCCAAAGGCAGUGACACCACGCUGCUGCAGGGGAACGGGGGCAUAGCAGCAGCAGAGCUGCAGCCCACACUGAACGGCUACACGUGUAGUGACUGCAGCAUGCUGUCAGAGAGGAAGGAGGUCCUCACUGCCUACUCAGCUUCCCAUGUGCCAUCCUCCAGGAUCUACACUAGGGACAGGAGCCAGAAACAUGCGUCUAGAGGAACAUAUUUCUACAUGAGUAAGAUUCUACGAUUGGUCAAAAAUACUGCAGCAUCUUUUGCAUCACUAUUAGUCCAUCUAUUUCAAAUGGUUUUGCUGAAGCUGGGUUAUGAAUAUAAAGCUCACUCAGACUACUGUGGAAGCAUGAAUGUAAAGGAGUUCUACAGAGAAGAUCGUCAUCUUGGUGUGAAUGAGGAAUCAAUAUGUGAUGACUGUAAAGGGAAGAAACAUCUUGAAAUACACACCACAGACCACAUGCAGUCCUCAUGGGCUAAAAGGGUAGCAAGGACCAUUUGGCACACCUUUUCUUCUGCAGGUUACUUUAUGCUUCACGUGUUGCGAACAGUGGGAGCCACGGGAUGGUUUGUGUCGGAGAAGGUGUUGUCUCUACUCUGGCUGGCCAUUCUUUCUCCAGGGAGGGCAGCUUCUGGCAUGUUCAGAUUGCUUAGAACUGGGUGGUAUCAACUUGUUACUCUGAUGUCUUUGCUCAAGGUGUUUCUUGUAAGAAGGUGCUUUCCAAAGAACUACAGAUGGUUACUGUUUCUUAUCCCACUCCUGUUUCUACUAGGUUUGUGGUUCUGGGGGCUUAAUAGUUUCAUUUCAUUAUUACCUCCAUUAAACUGGACAAAAAUUGACAGAAUACAGAGAACAGAUGAUUCUGUUCAUGUUCCUGAACCACAAGAUGAUUCUUUUCAUUCUGUGCAACCUCCAAAGGAUACCAUAAAUAUCUUUGACUUUGGUCGCAUAAGUGAGCUGGAAAAGCAAAUGGCCUUCAUGUCCGACAGAUGCCAUGACCGAAACAAAGAGUAUAACAAGGUGAUGAGCCUGCUUCAGAAUCUUCAAGAUCAGGUUGCCACAAUGAGUGACAGAAGUGAAACAUUGAAUUUAAUAAAAAAUGUGAUGACUCAAUAUCUUAAAGAUAUGAAAUUGGAGGAAAAGACUGACUUCCUGGCUUUACAUAAAGAACAUGAGUUGCGCAUCCAGACGCUGGAAGACCUUCUUAGAAAACUCGCAGCUGAAUCCAAGGACAUCCAGAAGGAGUUCAACCUAGCCAAAUCAAAAUCAGUGAGAGAUGAUGAUCAAUACAGUCUCCUUAUGUCCAAAAUUAAAAAGCUAGAACUAGAUCUGGCUUAUAUGAAAUCGGAGCUGUUACCUGGGGAAAGUGUGAAGACAAGUUGUGAGAAAAUGGAUGUCAUUCAUGAAAAAGUAGAUGCCCAGGUCAAAGAAUCCGUCAAGCUAAUGCUUUUUGGUGAUCAACAAGAAGACUUCCCUGAUUCACUUCUCCAGUGGCUUACCUCCAAUUUUGUUAGCAAAAGUGAUCUACAGACUUUGCUGCGGGAUCUUGAGUUGCAGAUCCUCAAGAAUAUUACACUCCAUAUGUCUGUAACAAACCAAAAAGUAACAUCUGAAGUAGUUACAAAUGCUGUGACUAAUGCAGGGAUUUCUGGAAUCACAGAAGCGCAAGCACAGAUUAUUGUAAAUAACGCACUGAAACUCUACUCUCAAGACAAGACUGGGAUGGUGGAUUUUGCCUUGGAAUCUGGAGGUGGCAGCGUUCUGAGUACUCGCUGUUCUGAAACCUAUGAGACCAAGACAGCAUUAAUUAGCCUCUUUGGAAUUCCUCUGUGGUACUUCUCCCAGUCUCCCAGAGUGGUGAUUCAGCCGGACAUGUAUCCAGGAAACUGCUGGGCUUUCAAAGGAUCACAAGGCUAUCUUGUGGUGAGACUUUCCAUGAAGAUCUAUCCAACUGCCUUUACAUUGGAACACAUACCAAAAACUCUUUCACCAACAGGAAAUAUCACCAGUGCUCCUAGGAAUUUUUCAGUAUAUGGUCUGGAUGAUGAAUAUCAAGAAGAAGGCAAGCUUCUAGGAGAGUAUGUCUAUGAUCAAGAUGGAGAACCACUGCAGAUGUUUCCAGUGAUAGAGAAAAAUGAAGACGCAUUCCAAAUAGUGGAGCUGAGGAUUUUCUCUAACUGGGGCCAUGCAGAGUACACCUGCCUUUAUCGGUUCAGAGUGCAUGGGAAACCUGCCGAGUAA